ACAGUCGCUGUCAAAACGAAUUUGAACGCCCCAGCGAACGGUCGUGUUGAACGGAAAGAAAUCGGAGAAGUUCGGAAAAAGAAGAAGACGAAUAAGAAGUUGGAGAGCAGAAAAGUGUAAUACGCAAAAGCAAACAAAAGUGCAACUUUUUUUAAAACAUUUUUGAAAGACUGUGUGUGUCUGUGACUUUGAAACCGGUUGUUAAAUGCGCGCUGCAACUGCAACAAUCAACUUUAAAACAACAGCAACAAUACUCGCAGCAAAGCAACGCCGUCAGCUUGCACAUUUUUUUUCGCUUGCCUGAUACAGGGACAACAAAACCAAUAACAAGAGCAAGAAAGAUAAAAAGAGUUUAGCUGCUCAAUUUUACCGUUAAGUUGGGAUCGAUAUCGAAAUACCAGCAAAAACAACAACAACAACAAUAAACAUGGCCCUCUCCAUUGUAAGCCGCAGUCUAUUGCGUACUUCGAGAGAAAUCCUGGAACGCAAUAUGGCCGCAACGGUGGGCGCACUGCAGCAGCAGCAGCAGCACCAGCCCCUUUCCACCUUUUCAACAAGCGAUUGCAACAACAAUCGGCUGGUGCCAGCUUCAGCACAUGGUGCAUGGAGCCUUGUCUACCGUCCGGCAUCUGCCCUGCAGAAUGUACGCCAAUAUUCAAAGAAAACUGCUGGCGCAGCCACUAUGCGUCGUCAAGACAGUGAUUCGGAUUCGGAUUCGGAUGACGAGUUCGAACGACGUCGCAGAAAUGCCAAUGUGAAGCAUAGCGAACGGGGCGACUCUGCGUUCUGGCGCCGCAAAAUGCGCACCUUGCAUCGCAUCAUGGAUGUUAACCAUGACGGUGUCAUCUCGUAUGAUGACUUCAAGCUGUUGGCGAAACGGUUCAGCGAUUUGGGCCAUUUGUCAGACGAGGUGGCCGAGGAAUUCAACGAGGUGAUCAAGCAAACCUGGGAGGAGCAAUUCGGAGAGAUAACCCCAUAUAAUCUUGUGACUGCUGAGCAGUUCUUAACCGAUUUGCAUCAUCGACUGAACGACAAGAAAAUGGCUAAGCGCAUUGGACGCUUCUUGCCCUAUUUGUUUAAGGCUGUUGACUUCGAUCACACUGGCCACUUGGAUCUCGAACAAUAUAAGCUCUUCUUCCGCUGUCUGGGACUAUCUGAAGAGGAUGCUGCCAUUUCAUUCGCUGUGAUAGACAAGAAUGGCGAUGGCCAGGUGUCGCUCAAGGAGUUUGUACAUUUGGGUCGCCAAUACUUUUUAACCGAAGAUGAUACCAAAAUAUCGAAAAUGUUCUGGGGCCCGCUAAUUGCUGAUCAUUGACGCGUUGCAGUCACUGCUGUAGAUCAACAUUAUGUUCGCGAUGCAAACAACCAACACAAGCCAAUGCUGCCAACAACGACAACAACAACGAUUCCAACACGCGCGCAGAAGGCGUGCGGCAGUUGGCCUUAUCUACAGCAUGUGGCGCUGCAUAAAUCGGGACCAUUCACAAGGCAAACGACAAGCGACAUUAACAACAACAACACGAACAUUAACAACAACAUCACCAGCAUCAACUGCAACAGCAACACCCACGCCAACACCAACACAAACACCAUCAACUUGAUCACAAUUAGAAACAUGAGCAUUUACGAUUAUUUACGCCAACAUUUUAAUGCGGCCGGGAAACGCAAUCGUCGCUACUCGACAGACAGCGACGAGGAUGUGCCUCCGCCCUCGCCCAAGGUGCGCAAACACAAUCAUAGCAAUCACAACAAUCACAACAACAAUAACAAUCAACAAAGAAAUGGCAACCAGGAGAGGGAGCAGCACGGCAAGCACGGCCCUAAUUCUAAUAUGCAUAGUUAUGAUAUAAGAUUUUUUUUCUAUAUUAAUUCGCUUAUACUAUUCACAAUGUCCUGCCGUCAAUACGAGGGCGAGGAUCUAAAGCAUUUUAUUGUUAAGCACAUACGAGAGUUCGAUCGGCUACGCCGCAAGGCGCGCAAGCGACGCAAGCGUAAAAUUAAGCCAACAACUUCGUUGCCAUUGUAAAAGCAAACCGAAGUCGAAAGCGAAUGUUUUAGACUAUACAAUGUAAUACAAAUGAUAUAUAUACAGGUGAUCCUGAUAAAAAUAAAGAAUACACACUAAAAUCC